CGUAAAUCUGUAAAUGCUGAUCUGUAGCGAGGCCAUUAGCUGUUUCCUGGAAAUGUCUCUAGAUUAUCACAGCUGAAGUCCUCGAGUCCAGCAUGAACUGGGUGUCGUUUUACGCGGUGAUCAGCGGUGUGAACAGGCACUCGACAGGCAUCAGCCGCAUCUGGCUGUCGGUCAUCUUCAUCUUCCGGAUCAUGGUGCUGGUGGUGGCGGCCGAGAGCGUGUGGGGCGACGAGAAGUCGGGCUUCACCUGCAACACCCAGCAGCCCGGCUGCAACAGCGUGUGCUACGACCAGUUCUUCCCCGUCUCCCACAUCCGCCUCUGGGCUCUGCAGCUCAUCCUGGUGUCCACGCCGGCCCUGUUGGUGGCCAUGCACAUCGCUCACCGCCGGCACAUCGAGAAGAAGAUCCUCAAGAUCUCCGGCCGAGGGAGCGCCAAGGACUUCGAGAACAUCAAGAGCCAGAAGUUCAAGAUCACCGGUGCCCUGUGGUGGACUUACAUGAUCAGCAUCGUCUUCCGCAUCGUUUUCGAGCUGGUUUUCUUGUACAUUUUUUACUUGCUCUAUCCGGACAUCAAGAUGGUGCGUCUUGUGAAGUGUGACUCUUACCCCUGUCCCAAUACAGUGGACUGUUUCGUGUCGCGUCCCACAGAGAAGACCGUCUUCACUGUCUUCAUGCUGGCCGUGUCUGGAGUCUGUGUCUUGCUGAACAUUGCAGAGGUUAUGUAUUUAAUCGGUCGGGCGUGUAUGAAAUGCUUUCAAGGAGCAGUGGGUGAACCCAAAGCGCCUUGGCUCGCUCAAAAACUGGCAACUUACAAGCAGAACGAAAUAAAUCAGCUGAUCGCAGAGCAUUCGUUCAAGCCGAGAUUCAACACUGGGCGAAAGCCUCCCGCUGAUAAGAGCGAGCGCUGCUCUGCUUUCUAGACGGAGGUUUCUACCAACUAUCAGCCACUGAUGGAAGGUGGAUGUCUGUAAUCAUAUUAAUCGACUGUCAUUAUCAUUUAAAAGGCCCCUCUACAUGUGAGGAGUGAUCAUGGGGGGAAAUAUGCUGGAGAACCGUCAAAUACUACACAUUUGAAAAGUGUCCAUCUGGUCCUAAAAAGCAGAUAAGAUAAAAGAGGAAUAAUUGGGUUUCACACUAAGCAAACACUGGAGAGGGUAAACAGUUAGUCAUUUGCUUCUGUACUGAAGUUCAUAUUUGUGCAUAUAAUAUUUGACCGAUAGAGGGUCUAUACAUCACAAAUUGACCUUUCGUCUCAACACAAAAAUAAAAAGCGGCAUGGCUUGCUGUGUGGACAGUGGAGUAGAUGGUACGUUUGAACCUUUUUAAUGUAUUAUUAUAAAUGUUAUUUAAAGUUAUUGAAAACAGAAACCCUCAUCCAUUAGACAAGUUAGUUUGGAGAGAACAGAAGCCCUAUCAUAUCCUGUUGCCCAUACUUGUUGAUAUAACUGAUAUUUUGAUUUUUUGCAGUAUAGUGUGUGGUAUGAGUGCCCCUGAACAAUAUUGCAUUGAUAAAAUAUAUUUUUUAAAUUGUUUAUGUUUGAACUACAAAUUUGCAAUGAUUUUCUGGCUUUAAAGUGGAUCAAAAUGCCCCUUUACAUUUAGUAAAGCAUCUUAUUCAUGUUGCUUUGACUUGUAAAUGAUUUGUUAAAAUGGUUCAAUUUUUUUAGUUUUAUUAUAGUGAGAUGCAUCACAUCUAACGGAAGUUUAAAGGGCAUUUUCUUCAUCUUUGCAAGCACUUAUCUGUUAAAAAGACCAAACAAACAGACUUGAGGCCACAUCGUAUUUAUUCGACUGUAAAUGCUUGUUUGUCCUCGCAGUGUAAAGUUGUUCUAGCAAUCACAGCUUUAUCUAACACACCUUUAAAGAGCCCUACAAUCACAUACUGACCGGCUGUUCUGCUCGAGUAUGAUUGGGAAAUAAUAUUUUCUUUGCAGGACUUUGUUGAAUUGAUGCAACUUUCUUGCUUGUAAUAUCAACUUUGUCAUUAAACAAAUUCAUUAUAUUGCACAUACCUUAAUACAAUUUUGAAUCAUGUUUAUUUCUUUAAUAUGUCCAUGCAUUUCAAUCAUGAUUUAUACCCCAUUUCAGUUAAAGGGGUUUGUU